AUUCGUGUUCUCCUGGCUUCGUUACUAACUAGGGGUUUGUAAAACUGCACGCAUUCUCACCCUCCCCGCACAAUCCCACGCCCCUCUUGUCAUCUCCACGCUCUCUUGCCAAUCCGUCUUUCCCUUGUCGUUUCCCUCAAUUGCCUUGCGACUUUCGUUUCGUUACGCUUCGGAGAAGCGCGUGGCUUUUGCGCUGCGUUUUCUGGCUGUUGAUCGGGGAAUCAGGCAUUUCGAGAUUGAGCUGACGAAGAGAAGUAGGGAUUGCGAAGGUCCGAGGGAGCUCAUGGAAACGCUAAGAUCACAUUUGUCGAGAGUGCGCAUUCCUGAGCCGUCCUAUCGGAUCUACAAGCAAGAAUGUUGUGUGUCAUUUUCUACUCCGAGGUCGGAAGGAGGUUUGUUUAUCGAUUUGUACUCUUUUUUGGCAUUUGGUAAAGAUUAUGUCAUGUGGAAUUAUGAAAAAACUGGAAAUCCAGUUUAUCUGAAUAUUCAAGAAACUCCGAAGCAAGUCAGCGAGAGCCGGCCACAUAAGAAACCAACACUGUUAGCUAUUGGAGUCGAGGGAGGUUUCGAUUCUAAAGUACCCGAGUACGAAGAGACCUAUCGCAUUGUUAUAUUGCCGGACUUUAUCUCACUUUUGUAUCCUAGUGUGGAGCUCCCAGAAAAGGUCAGGUUGGCAGUAGAUGGGAUACUUGCAGCUGUUGGUGCAGAAAGGAAGGAAGAAGUCGCUGCUUGGACUGCUGACAAGAAGCAAGUAAGUCCGUAUGCCUUGUCGCUGCAGCAAGUGCAAAAUGGAGUGAAGGUGCCUCCCAGUGGAUGGAAAUGCUCUAAAUGUGACAAGGUAGACAACCUUUGGAUGAACCUUACCGAUGGAACAAUUUUGUGUGGGCGACGCAACUGGGACGGAACGGGUGGCAAUAACCAUGCUUUAGAACACUAUCAGGAGACCAAUUACCCAUUGGCCGUGAAGCUUGGAACGAUCACGGCCGAUUUAGAAGGGGCAGACGUGUAUAGUUAUGCUGAGGACGAUACCGUGGAGGAUCCGUUAUUGGCAGAGCAUCUGGCACAUUUUGGAAUUGAUUUUUCAUCUUUGAGAAAGACAGAAAUGACAACUGCUGAGCGGGAGUUAGAUCAGAAUACCAAUUUUGACUGGAAUAGAAUUCAAGAGAAGGGAAAGGAACUAGAGCCGCUCUUUGGGCCGGGUUUUACUGGGCUUGCUAACCUCGGUAACAGCUGCUAUUUGGCGUCAGUCGUGCAAGCGGUAUUUUCAACCAAAGAUUUUCAGAGAUAUUACUAUGAAAAUGUGAAGCUAGAUGAUGCUUUCAAGCAGGCACCUGCGGAUCCUACGCUUGAUCUUCAUAUGCAACUCUCAAAGUUGGCACAUGGAAUAUUGUCUGGAAAGUACGCAGUUCCUUCAAAAAAGGGGCAGGACAAUGAAGUCGCUGAGGAACCAAAAGGAAAAAAUGCCCUCACAUCUAUGUUGCAGGGACAAGAUGGGAUACCACCUCGCAUGUUCAAGUCUCUCAUUGGCACUGGGCAUCCAGAAUUUGCAAGCUCCAGACAACAAGAUGCUUUGGAGUUUUUCCAGCAUUUUCUUGAUCAAGUGGAGCAAAAUCAUGUUGCUGCAGUUGGAGAAGAUCCAGCCCGGUGCUUUAAGUUCUGUGUGGAGGAAAGAAUUAUGUGUUCUGUGUCUAAAAAAGUGAAAUAUACAAAGAAAACAGAUAAUAUUCUCUCAUUAAACAUACCGUUGAGAGCUGCUGUCAACAAAGAUGAAGUGGCUGCUUAUGAAAAAAAUUUGGCACAGAAAGAGCUUGCUGGCGAGAAGUUAUCUGAUGAAGAAAUAGUCCGUCCAAGAGUUCCACUGUCUGCAUGUUUGGAAAAUUUCUCUGCUCCAGAGGAAGUCAUGGAUUUCUACAGCAGUGCCAUCAAUGCAAGAACAACAGCAAUCAAGACAACAAGAUUGGCUACAUUCCCUGAUUACUUGGUACUUCAUAUGAGGAAGUUUGUGUUGGCAGCGGGCUGGGUUCCGAAGAAGCUUGAUGUUUUCAUAGAUGUACCCGACGAGAUUGAUAUUAGCGACAUGCGUAGUAAAGGACCGCAGCCAGACGAACAAUUUCUGCCUGAGACACCUGAUGGAAUUCCAGAGCAGGUUGACUCAGCUGCAGAUGAGGCCAUAGUGUCUCAAUUGGCAGAUAUGGGAUUCCCUAGGAUCCGAUGCGAAAAAGCGGCUAUUCAGACGCUCAAUAGUGGACUUGAAGAGGCUAUGAACUGGCUUCUGGUACAUAUGGAUGAUCCAGAUAUCGAUGACCCUAUCACUAGGGUGGGAAAUAAUGAAACAUCAAGUGUUACUGCGUUGAACGAAAGUGACGUAGAAACUCUUGUAUCGUUUGGGUUUCUGCCCGAAAUGGCUCGAAAAGCAUUGAAAGCAACGGGAGGUGACAUGGAAAGGGCAGCCGAGUGGAUCUUGAACCACCCUGAGGAGUCAAUGGCAAUGGAGCUAGAUGUUGGAGCUUGCACUCAAGAUACUCAAGCAGAGGUCAAAUAUCCAGAUGGUUCAGGAAAAUACCGACUUCUAGCGUUUGUGAGUCACAUGGGGACCUCAACACAAAGUGGACACUACGUUUGUCACGUCAGGAAAAACGAUCGUUGGGUUAUUUUCAAUGAUUGCAAGGUUGCGGUUUCAGGAGAUCCACCUAAAGACAUGGGUUAUCUUUAUUUCUUUGAACGCGUUCCUUCUUAAACACGGAGAUUACUUGAAGUGUUCACAAAUUUUGAUCAGUAGCUGGGAUCAACCCUAAGGAAAAGCAUGAAUGCUAAGUGAAGAGCUGCAGUUGACAUGUGUAGGAGGUAAUGAAACCUCUGGAUUCAUGUAGAAGUUGCCAGAGGGAGGGGGUACCAUUCUUUCAAAUUCUUCGAUUGGAAUCAUUCACUUACUGCUCCCAAAUAGAUCGGAUCUUCAAAGUAAGGGGAAGGUCUCGACCAACAUGUUCGUACAUGAAGGAUGUUCACAUGUAUAUUGUUUCACGUGGCAGUCACCUUGCCGAAGUUUAGGAAUUUAUAACGGACAGGUCGGAGGGGUCUGGACUACUUUUAAGCCAACAUUUGCAUCUUCUCGCGUA